UUAUAUGUCAUUCUGUUCUCCUGAUGUCUCCAGUCCUGUGAGCACAGUGUGCUGUUAAUAAAACCUUUUGAUUUAUUUACACCUCACUCCUGUGUUCCUAGUGUGUGAGUUGUGACAGAUUUAAUGGGUGUUCUGGGUUGUUGAACUGGACUUUCACAGAAUCAGUGUCUGACGGAGCACACGAGAUCCAGCCGAGUCACCCAUGAGCUUUCAUCAGGAGAAACGCUUCGUCCACAGAAUAUGUCACCAUGAACCUGACACUGAGCGCCGAGCCCGGGUUAUUCCUGACCAACAGCUCCCCGGGGAUGCGGGCCAAUCCCGUCACAGCGUUCGUAUCAUGUGACGUACGGACCGCCAACGAUUCGCUCCUCAUGCAGGGCUCCAAUCUGACCGGCAACGCCACUCUCAAGUCACCAGAUCCACUCGGUGGACACACCAUCUGGCAGAUCGUGAUGAUCGUGUUCCUGUGCGGCUCGCUUUCCUUAGUCACCAUCACCGGGAACAUCCUGGUCCUGGUGUCCUUUAAAGUCAACAAGCAGCUGAAGACGGUGAAUAACUACUAUUUGCUCAGCCUGGCGUUCGCAGACCUCAUCAUCGGCGUGCUUUCGAUGAACCUCUACACUACGUAUAUAAUCAUGGACCGCUGGACGCUCAGGAACUGGGCCUGUGAUCUGUGGCUGGCCGUUGAUUAUGUAGCCAGCAAUGCUUCAGUGAUGAACCUGCUGGUCAUCAGCUUCGACCGGUACUUCUCCGUCACGCGUCCGCUGACGUACAGAGCCAAACGCACCACUAAGAGAGCCAUGACCAUGAUUGGACUCGCCUGGUCCAUUUCCUUCAUCCUCUGGGCACCAGCUAUCCUCUUCUGGCAGUAUUUCGUCGGGGAGCGGACGGUUCCUCCGGGCGAAUGCUACAUCCAGUUCCUCUCGGAGCCGAUCACUACUUUCUGCACAGCAAUCGCUGCUUUCUAUCUGCCUGUCACCAUCAUGACCGUCCUCUACUGGCGGAUCUACAAGGAGACGGAGAACCGCUCCAAAGAGCUGGCUGGACUCAAGGGUUCGGGGAACCAAGGGAGUCCGGAGGAAUCCGUGGGGAACCCGGGAAGCUCUCAAAGUCACAGCAGUUACGAGCUCCACCCGUCCAGCCAGAGAAGCUCUGGGAGAACCAGAACUGGACGGUUUUGGUUCUGGCCGUUGCGUCGUAAGGCUUGGAAGGGUCGCGGCCGCGGCGACACGGACAGCUGGAAUAAUAACGAAACCACCGUGUCCAUCGACCCGUCGGAUGAUGAGGAGGAAGAGGAUGGAGAAGACGCCCGAGCCGUGUACUCCAUCUCCGAGAAUCUCCACCCGGCUGAAGACGCGAGACCUUCCAGAAAGGGAUUGUCCGGUCACUCCAAAGCAUCCGUGAGCUCCAAAGAUCAACCCAACGCCAGCAUCUCCCUCAAAGACACGGCGCUCGCCAAACGCUUCACCUGCAAGACCAAGACGCAGGUCAACAAGCGCAAGAAGGUCUCUCUGGUGAAAGAGAAGAAAGCGGCGCAGACGCUGAGCGCCAUCCUCCUGGCCUUCAUCAUCACGUGGACGCCGUACAACAUCAUGGUCCUGGUGAACACGUUCUGCGACGAGUGCAUCCCCCAGACGCUGUGGGCUCUGGGAUACUGGCUGUGUUACGUCAACAGCACCGUCAACCCCAUGUGUUACGCGCUCUGCAACAAGACCUUUCGCACCACCUUCAGAUCCAUCCUGCUGUGCCAGUGGCGUCAGACGAACAAACCCAACAAACCUGCGCUCCAGCAGAGAUGGCCGGCGGCCACCUUCCGGAAACAGAGUCCUGCAGAACACUAGAGGAACUCUGUGCAUCGUUUCUGAAGGGCUGUUGAGUUUGUACAGUAUUCACGUUCAUAGGAGCCUCAGUUAAAGCCAAACACGGAUUGUGUGACUAGACGUCCACUAGAAACAUACAUGAAAACCUACGGAAAUGAGACGAUUCUUGUGUUGACGUAUUUCCUACUGAAAUGAAGGGUCGGGUGGGACAUGCAGUAUUUAAGGGCUCGUUUGUCCAACCCUAUAGUAUUUUCUCACAAUUUUGACUCAUAAUGUACAUUAAAAUAGGUUUCAUUUUGACUUGAAUUUAGUGUUACAGGAAUGUUUUCACACCCUCAAAGCUUUCUUUGUUCUGCUGAACACAAAAGAAGAUAUUUUGAACCAAACAGUUGCUGGUAGCCUUUGACUUCCAUAGUAUGAAAAAAAAUAAACAAUAAUAAUACUAUGGACGUCAGUGGCUACCAGCAAGUGUUUGUUUAUUUGAUCCCUAUUCACUUUCCCAGAUCUGGUUUGUGUGUCUCAUCAGGGUUUACGGUGGAUGUUGUGGUACUCUGUGAUUUUCUACUUUAAGCUCUGAACUGUUUUACUGCUGAAAUGAAGAAACUUCUACUUGGUUUGAUUUCACGCUCAUGAAUGUUUUAAAUAUGUAUUUCCACUUUAAGUCAAGUGCACACUACAAAA